AUGUUCAAGGGUCCCCUUCCCGCUACCCGGCUCAUUGCUCGCCGCCUCUAUGCGACGCAAUCCUUUUCUACUUGUGCACGGAGUUCGGUCAGGUACCCAUCCUCCAUCGCCCGCACUCCUCUUUGCAGGUCUGUUGGUCGUAGCCUGAUUGUCACUCGUGGGUAUGCCGAGCCUGCCUCGAACAAGUUCUCGCGUGCGAAGCCUCAUAUGAACAUUGGCACCAUUGGUCAUGUUGAUCACGGCAAGACGACCCUCACGGCCGCUAUCACGAAGGUCCUCGCGGAGACGGGUGCCGCCCAGUUCACCGACUACUCGCAGAUUGACAAAGCACCAGAGGAGAAGGCCCGUGGGAUCACUAUCAACUCUUCGCAUGUUGAGUAUGAGAGUGCCUCUCGGCACUAUGGUCACAUCGACUGUCCUGGUCACGCCGAUUACAUCAAGAACAUGAUCACCGGUGCGGCUCAGAUGGACGGUGCCAUUAUCGUCGUCUCUGCCACAGACGGUCAGAUGCCCCAGACCCGAGAGCAUCUUCUCCUUGCUCGCCAAGUCGGCAUUAAAAAGCUAGUUGUCUUCGUCAACAAGGUCGACAUGAUUGCGGACACAGAAAUGCUUGAGCUCGUCGAUAUGGAGAUGCGUGACCUUCUUGCGACGUACAACUUCGACGGUGAGAACACCCCUAUUAUCAUGGGCUCCGCUCUUGCUGCUCUUGAGGGCCGGGACGACGCAAUCGGUGCGGAGAAGAUCCGUGAGCUCAUCCAGGCGUGCGACGAAUGGCUCGAAAUCCCUGCCCGUGACCUCGACAAGCCGUUCCUCCUGCCCAUCGAGGAUGUUUUCUCCAUCUCCGGUCGUGGAACUGUUGCAACGGGUCGUGUGGAGCGCGGCAUCUGCAACAAGGGUGAAGAAGUUGAGAUUCUCGGUUUGGGGUCAAAAUUCAAGUCCGUUCUCACCGGCAUCGAGGCGUUCCACCGAGAGCUCGACCGUGGAGAGGCUGGUGACAACAUGGGCGUGCUCCUCCGAGGCAUCAAGCGUGAGCAGCUCACACGUGGCCAGGUCGUCAUCCAGCCCGGUUCCAUGAAGUCUGUAAAGAAGUUCCAGGCUCAGAUCUACAUCCUUACCAAGGACGAGGGUGGCCGUUAUACGCCUUUCAUGGCCAACUACGCCCCUGUUAUGUAUUGCGCACGGCGAACAUCACUUCGUGUCGAAAAUGCGGACGAGAAGAUGGUUAUGCCGGGCGACAACGUCGAGAUGAUCAACACUCUGCAGACCGAUGUUGCUGCUGAGGUUGGGACUCGUUUCACGCUCCGUGAGGGUGGCAAGACUAUUGGUACGGGUAUCAUCACCAAAAUUCUUGAGCACGCAUAA